UUUUCGCGGCGACGUAAAUUUAUCGUGUAACAUCGCAUUAUAUUCGCGCGCGUUCACGGCAUUCAGGUUCAAGAUCAAAAUCAUCGCAUCGCCCAGCUGACGUCAAGGAAGAUAUCCUCUUCGAAACAGCCGCCGGGAUCGAGAUCAACUUCAAAAUCUGCGGCCGUUUCAAUAAAGAUCUUCGAGGAGUCUGAGGAGACCUAGCUUCGCCUCGCUGCUUCAAGACCGAGUCGAUCCGGAUCUGCAUAAGCGUAAGCAGCGACGACUCGCACACGCCGCUCAUUUGAGCCCCUUCCUGAGAAGCGCCGACCACCUUGACGAGCGUCCGUGCGGUUAAUAACGUGGGCAAGGGAAGUCACGUGAUUCAGCUGUUCGGUAAAGUAACAGCAACGACCGCAGCAUGGCCGACGAAGGAUUUGACGUGCCCAGAAGGGAGGAUAUUUUAGAGGAGGGCAUGGUCGACAGCAGGACGCACGAUGAAAAUGAAUGUGAUGAUGUCGACAAGACCUCGAUCACGACAACUACCACGAAAAACGCUUUAACAACGAGGCAUUUAGGACCAUGCGACGUUUAUCCGAACGGCGCCAAAGUUUCGAUCGUGGGUGUAAGAAAAGUUGGCAUGGCUUGCGCCAUAGCGCUUCUGAUGAAACGAAUAGCGAGCGAGGUCUGUCUGAUCGAUCAGAACUUGGAAAAGGCUGCCGCCGAAGCCGAAGACAUUCAACACGCUGGUGUCUUUCUGGGAUGUCCGCUUGUGACGGGCACAUCAGACGUCUACAAGGUGAAGGACUCGACGGUAGUGGUGAUCGCGGUUUGCGAGAGGAAGCCAGGGGAGAAAUUGGAUGUGAAACACAACGUCGAGGUGUUUAAGAAGAUCAUCCCUACUAUCGCGAAGUUGGCGUGUAAGGCGGUGUUGCUGGUUGUAAGUCAGCCGAUCGACGUGAUGUCGUACAUCACUUGGAAGUUGUCCAAGUUUCCCUCGAGCCGCGUACUCGGCACGGGGACUCUGCUGGACAGCUGCAGGCUGCAGGAUUUACUGAGUCAGAAGUUGGGAGUAGCGCGCAAGUCGAUUAGCUGCAUGAAUAUCGGCGCGCAGGGCGACACGUCCGUUUCUAUAUGGUCAAGCGUUCACGUGGCGGGCACGAAGAUACGCGACAUAAACCCAAGAAUGGGCGAAACCGACGAUCCCGAGAAGUGGCGUGACAUCGCCGAAGCUGUAAAUAAAACCGACGCCGAGCUUAAUCGGAGGAAAGGCGAUAAAGGGCCGAGCUGCUGGGCUCUGGGCUUCUGCACCGCUGAAAUCGUCGACGCUAUAGUCAGGAAUACCAAAAUGGUGCUGCCAGCUUCGACGUACAUACACAGCUGUUCUCACGGAACCGACAAGGACGUGUACAUGUCGGUACCCUGUGUUCUCGGUCGCGAGGGUGUGUACGCCACUGUGCGACAGAAGCUGAGCGAUCAGGAAAAGGCAGCGGUGCAACAGUGUGCCGACAACAUCCGCGGUGUGCUGCGCGAGUGCGGCAUUCUUCGCGAAACAGACGACAUUGAGGAUAUCGGUGCGCCCAAUAUGACGGAAUUGAGAAGGAAACCGUUUGACGUCGCCGGCAACACGGUGACCUUCUUACUGACCAAACAGGCGGAGCAUCUUGUGGAUGGCCAUCGUAUUAAGAUCGUCGUCGUCGGAAGUGCACCCAAAGGCGUCGCGGUCGCUAUAGCGAUUCUAUCCAAGCGUCUCGCCUCCGAGCUCGUCCUCAUAGACGCGAACGAGGAUCUCGCCAAGGCGGAAGCAGAAGACAUCAGCCACGCGGCGGCGUACCUCGGCGAUCCGAAGAUUAUUGGCACCAAAGAUUACAUCCACGCCAGAGACGCCGCGGUAUGCGUGAUCACCAUUGGGAGCCAGUCUCAUGAAGAUCAGCAGCCGGCCGAUUAUCUGGAUCACAAUCUGAAAAUUUUCAAGGACAUUAUCCCAAACGUCUGCAAGUACGCGCCGAACAGCGUUCUUUUGAUUCUUUCGAAGCCAGUCGACAUCAUGUCGUACGUCGCCAUGAAGUUGUCGGGAUUUCCGCCGAACCGCGUUAUCGGGAUAGGAACGUUCUUGGACAGUUGCAGAUUCCAGUAUUUUAUCGCUCAGAAACUCGGGAUUUCGGCGAGCGCGGUCCAAGCGUUGAUCAUCGGGGAGAGCGGGCCGGCUUCUGUGCCGGUUUGGUCCUCCGCCGCGUGCAUGGGCAUGCCUUUGAAGGAAAUAAAUAAGGAGAUCGGUAUGAAAACGGAUCCGGAAUCCUGGGGAGACUUACACACGAAAGUCGUCCACACCGACAACGAGUUGAUCGCCAGAAAGGGGUAUCACAGUUGGGGAAUGGGCAUCUGUGCGAGUGAGAUAGUCGACGCUAUUGUGCGCAAUACUCGCGCCUGUUUUACUGUCUCGACGUUCUUGAAGGGUUGCCGACACGGACUGGAGAAAGACAUCUUUUUGUCAUUGCCGUGCGUAGUAGGCAGAAACGGCGUGCAAACGACUAUUCGUCUGUCGUACACACCUAAGGAGCAAGAACUGAUGACGAUAUCUUGCCAAAGAAUUUACGAGACGCAGAAAUCGAUUCUCGACAAGAUUGAAUGAAUGAGAGACGCGAUAGUGAUGCUCGUCGUGAUGAUUUACCGGUAUCCGGCUGUAAUUCAAGGAAUCAAAUAUUCUCAACCAUUGAUGAACGAGUCGUGUUGGUCUUGUGUCUGUGUAAACUGGUAAAAUAAAACGAUAACGAGCAAUCCACGUCUCGCUCGUUCGCUUCGGGUGUUUAUGAACCUCGCGAAAUUUUUUGUAAGUAACGUAACGCGCGAGAAAACACGCGAAUUGUGUAAUCGCGUACACGGGAGGAAGCCACGGAUUAUAUCUCAAACCGCUUUAUGCGCCAUCAGUUAAGAAAUUUCCUAGAAAGUCAAGGCGGGCGUAAUACUCACUCCCGUGACAAAAGACCUUACCAUCUUCUGUCCGGCUCGUCCGGUCGAGGUCGAGAGAGGGGUGGCUGAAAAAGGAGGAAACCGCGUUUGUUUUAUAGGACGGUUUGGUUUUGUUACCGAGACCUGAUGAAUAGGGAGUGCUAUAAAUUGCGUACUCCGAGGAUUUCGGCUCCAAUUUGUAAAGAUUAAUGCAGACUACUCGUAAUUAAUUGCUCCGCGUAUGGAGCAGUUAACCGUGCCGCGAAAAACGAUCAGGAUGAUAAAACGGUCGCUAUUAUAAAUAUAAAGAGAGGCCUUACCGGUCAGCGAUACGCCAAUUUGUUACAAAAUUCACGUAUGCUGAUAUCGCGCUUUUUGUCUCUGCCAUCCACUGCAUUAGUUAAGACGUUCGCUCGCCGUCCAGCGCCACUAUAACUGCCGGCAUAACGAAGUAUUCCCGAGUUACACGCGAAAUCGGACGCGUUAUUCAACGGCAAAAUGUUCACUUGUUAGCUGCGAAUAUUCUUGAUUAGUUCUUCAUUACACAAACGUUACAUAAACACUUCCCGUAAAUAGAUUCUUCCUGUCUGCUUUCUCCUAUUUGCAAUGUAACGAUUUCAAAGCGUAGCUUCAGCGAAAAGGAGACUUUUUUAUCAAAAUAAUUGAAAUUAAAUUGAUUAAAAGUGCAAUAAAUAAAAAGUGCCGCAUCUUUCUUGACGAACUGGUUUUUCGUUGAGUGAUUUAACGAGUAGGAGAUAACUAAAAUAUAAUCAUGCUCGAAAAAGAGUUAUGCUUUUAAUUCUGCGCUAGAAACUAAACAUUUUUUUUAUUACGGGUAAUAAAUGAAUGAAAUUAAUUUCCAGAAAAUUUUCGGAAAACGAGCGUGCUGGUAAAGUAAAUUCAUGUUAUGAGAAAAAAAAACAUUGUAUUAUGCGAUAUUUUAUAAAAUUUUCUAUCUACGACUUUUGUAUCGUCACUUCCUGACUUGUAAUCAAUUAAUAUAAUCCAUUAUCAUUCACGAUAAUCUUCAAGGAUAGCCUCUCUCCCUUUGAUCAGAC